AUGCACGCUCCACCAACGGGCCUGCCCUAUGCCAUUUACUACACUGUUCUUGCCGUCGUCGCUAUCCCAGCUAAUUUAGUGGCAAUUGUGAUCCUGUCCCGAGGAAAGUGCGGCCUCUCCCGGUGUAUCACUCGUUACCUGGUCUCCAUGGCGGUGACUGAUCUUCUCGUCAUUAUCACCGCUGUGAUAAUCAACCGGCUCAGUGGGAUGUAUAUCCCGGGCAGUUUCCUCUCGAUUACUCCUGUGUGCAGUGUCAGCAACGUGCUAACCUUUGCGGCCAGGGUCAGCUCUGUCUGGUUAACUGUCAGCUUCACCUUUGAUCGAUUUGUAGCUAUUUGCUGCCAGAACUUUAAAACGAAGUAUUGCACCGAACGGACGGCGACAGUGGUUAUAGGGACCAUCUGUACACUGGGCUGUUUGACCAACAUCCCAUUUUACUUCAUACACGAGCCGAUCUAUGUGGUCGACAAUGUCCCAUGGUAUUGCAGAAUUAAGGACAUCCGAUACACCUCACCCGUGUGGACAGCAUUUGACUGGUUCGAUAGUAUUUUAACCCCCUGUCUCCCAUUUCUCCUAAUUUUGCUGCUCAAUGUUCUAACGGUCAGAUACAUCCUGACGGCCAGUAGAGCUCGCAAGAGACUGCGGGCCCAGAGCAACGGAGAGAUUCAGAGUGACCCACAAAUGGAGAGCAGGAAGAAGUCCAUCGUUUUGCUGUUUACCAUCUCGGGGAGUUUCAUCCUGCUGUGGAUGACGUAUGUCAUACAGUUUCUGCGCGUGCGCAUUGUCAAUGAUUACAACUUCCGAAGUUUCAAUGACCCCCGCUUUAUUCUCCAGGAAACCGGGAACAUGCUGCAGCUUCUGAGCUCUUGCACCAACACGUUUAUCUAUGCAGCGAUUCAAAGCAAAUUCAGAGAGGAGUUAAAGAAAGCGGUCCAGUAUCAAUUAAAUUUUGUUUCUAAGUUGUUUACUUCACGAAAGUAA